CGCCGCGGCUGAGAGGCGCUGAGGGGAGAGGCGCCGCCGCCAGCGCCGCCGAGGGGACCCGUUAGAGCGGAAGCGCUGCCGCCGCCGUCUUGGCGCUCUCGGGGCCCCUAGUUCCCGGCAGGUGGAGGCGGGAGCCAUGUCGAAGCGGCUCCGGAGCAGCGAGGUCUGCGCUGACUGCAGCGGGCCGGAUCCUUCCUGGGCAUCCGUCAACAGGGGAACGUUCAUCUGUGACGAGUGCUGCAGUGUCCAUCGGAGCUUAGGGCGCCACAUCUCCCAAGUGAGGCAUCUGAAGCACACCCCGUGGCCCCCGACCCUGCUUCAGAUGGUUGAAACCUUGUACAACAACGGUGCUAAUUCUAUAUGGGAGCACUCCUUGCUGGACCCCGCCUCAAUUCUGAGUGGCAGACGAAAGGCUAAUCCACAGGAUAAAGUACAUCCCAAUAAGGCAGAAUUCAUCCGAGCCAAGUAUCAGAUGUUAGCUUUUGUGCAUCGCCUGCCGUGCCGGGACGACGACAGCGUGACCGCCAAAGACUUGAGUAAGCAACUACAUUCAAGUGUGAGAACAGGGAACCUGGAGACCUGUCUGAGGCUGUUGUCUUUGGGAGCCCAGGCCAACUUCCUUCAUCCUGAAAAAGGAAAUACCCCUCUGCACGUAGCUUCCAAAGCAGGGCAGAUUCUACAGGCUGAGUUACUGGCAGUAUACGGAGCAGACCCUGGCACACAAGAUUCUAAUGGGAAAACGCCUGUUGAUUAUGCCAGGCAAGGAGGGCACCACGAGCUGGCCGAACGCCUGGUGGAGAUACAGUACGAGCUGACUGACAGACUAGCCUUCUAUCUCUGUGGCAGGAAACCAGAUCAUAAAAAUGGACAGCACUUUAUCAUACCUCAAAUGGCAGACAGCAGCCUGGAUUUGUCUGAAUUAGCAAAAGCUGCGAAGAAGAAGCUUCAGUCCCUAAGUAAUCAUUUGUUUGAAGAACUUGCCAUGGAUGUGUACGAUGAAGUUGACAGGCGAGAGACUGAUGCAGUCUGGCUUGCCACACAAAACCACAGCACUCUGGUAACCGAGACAACUGUCGUCCCCUUCCUUCCGGUCAAUCCCGAGUACUCAUCAACAAGAAACCAGGGCAGACAGAAGUUAGCUCGGUUUAAUGCCCACGAGUUUGCCACAUUGGUCAUUGACAUUCUCAGCGAUGCCAAGAGGCGGCAGCAAGGUAGCCCUCUCUGCGGCUCUAAAGACAGUGUGGAGCUCAUACUGAAAACCAUCAGCACCCAGCACAGCACUGAGAGUCCCAACAACGACCAGCCAGACUAUGACAGUGUGGCCUCUGAUGAAGACCCAGAUGCAGACACAACCGCAAGCAGAGCAAGCCGGCAGAAGAGCCUAGAUUCAGAUUUGUCAGAUGGACCAGUCACUGUACAGGAAUUUAUGGAGGUCAAAAACGCUCUAGUGGCUUCUGAGGCCAAGAUACAACAGCUAAUGAAGGUGAAUAACAACUUGAGUGACGAGCUGAGAAUUAUGCAGAAAAAGCUUCAAACACUGCAGAGCGAAAAUUCGAACCUCAGGAAACAGGCCACCACCAAUACAUGUCAGGUGCAAACUGGUCCCGAAUACCCAGACACUUCCAACCACUCUUCCUUAAAGCGACGUCCGUCUGCCCGAGGCAGUCGGCCCAUGUCCAUGUACGAGACGGGAUCAGGGCAGAAACCCUAUCUCCCCAUGGGAGAGGCGAGCCACCCCGAGGAGAGCAGAACGAGACUGCAGCCUUUCCCAGCACACAUCGGGAGGAGUGCGCUUGUGACCUCCUCUUCGUCUCUGCCUUCCUUCCCCUCCACACUUUCCUGGUCGAGGGAUGAAAGCACCCGAAGGGCAUCCAGGCUGGAGAAACAGAACAGCACACCUGAGAGUGACUAUGACAACACCCCCAACGACACAGAGCCAGAUGACCUGGGGUCAAGCCACAAGGGAAGGCAAAGGAGUAUGUUGUGGCCCAGUGACAGCUCAGGAGCAGACACAGCAGAGCCCCAUGCAGCCCCAAGCCCUAGCCUUCCCAGCACGGAGGACGUCAUACGGAAGACUGAACAGAUUACCAAAAACAUACAAGAGCUCUUGAGAGCUGCCCAAGAAAAUAAGCAUGACAGUUAUAUUCCCUGCUCAGAGAGGAUACAUGUCGCCGUUACAGAAAUGGCAGCGUUAUUCCCCAAAAAACCCAAGUCAGACAUGGUGAGGAGCUCCCUUCGCUUGCUGACCUCCAGUGCCUACCGACUGCAGGCAGAAUGCAAGAAGGCCCUAUCCGGGGAGCCCGGCUCGCCUACGGACAUACAGCUGGUCACGCAGCAGGUCAUCCAGUGUGCAUACGACAUCGCCAAGGCUGCCAAACAGCUGGUCACCAUCACCACCAAAGAGAACACCAACUGACAGCGGAGCACUGCCCUCCUGUUUUCUAGACGUUUUGCAGUCCGAUUUCAAACUUAGGGAACUCUUCAGAUUUUUACAAAAAGCAAACAUUUAAUGAUGGUUUAAAACUUUGCAAAAGAAAGCUCAGUAUUAUUUUUGCAUGUUUUCUAACAAAUUUUCAACUAUUAAUUUAACCCACUUGCCUUAUUUGGUGCCUGUUUGCCAGUUUCAGUCUCUGGUGUUCUAUUGUGUUGCCAACAGCUGUUGAGCUGAGCAUACGCAUCCAGGAGUGUAGUUUCCUUAACUGUGUGAACAGUGACUAAAACUUUGAGAUUUCUAGAGAAAACAUUUUCUUGAGAGAGCUCAAUUUAAAAAAAAAUUCAGCAUCAUCUAUUCCCUACCAAGCAUCGUGCAAUAGUGACUUUUCCGACCUGCUGCAGAGUCUCUCACGUUUGGGGCAUCUCCAAGCAUGUGUGCAGAGAGAGAACUUUUGUCACUUUCUGAAAAUAUUGCAACAGUGUCUCGGAGGGAAACAGUGAAUUGAUCCAUUUCUUCUCACUGUUGUAUCAUGUGAAAUGUUAUUUAAUUCUCCCCCCCCCCAUGAUCUUCUAUCUCAGGAUGUCUUACUAACAUCUUGAAGACCCCAUGGAGUCAGAUAAAGCCACUUACCUCCCACUGCAUGUCUGCUUUGGUCACAUUCAGGCUAGGAGCUCUUCCCAUGGCCAAGUGCUUUGCCUCCCCUAGCCCCCUUAAACCAAGCGCUUUCUCCAAGACCAACCAAACGAGAAGCAUCAGCCUCACAAGCCGACAUUGAUCUGGUACCACCCGUUGGGCUGUCCCUGUUGAGAGCUGUGGGAACCUGCCCCCAGCACUGGGCCAUGCCUUUCAUCCAGAGCUCAGUGAGCACUUACCACGACAACCUCCUGUAUCUGCUCUGUAAGGACUUCUAAGGUAAGAUGUGUGUGUGUAUGGGCAUCUGAGUUAGUGUCCCCUCCGUCACCUGACCAGUUCCUUGAAAACAGGACAUUGCCUUUUAGGAAUUGCUUGAAGAGUGCACCCUGGCUCAUUGCCCAGCACUCCCAAAGAUGGGAGCAGAUACAGGCUGGCAUCCUGGAAUGUGCUGAGUUUAAUUUGUCUGUGGCUGGAGUGCUGCUGUAGAGCAGCCCUUCCAUCCUGACCUGACCUGAAGGAGCAUGGAAUAUGGAUGAGAAGGAGCCAGGGGUACAGCAGAAGGCUGUGCAUGGGAAUAACCAGGGAACCUAUGCCCUUUCCCUUGUUGCUGGCACAGCAGCCCUCCAACCUCCAGUCCCAUCCCAUUACUGCAAAGUAAUGGGGGCCUGGGCUUCCAGAGUUUUGAUUUGUCAAGGAACACCAGAAAUCUGGAUUUGACUGGUGCCAUCUCUGUGUUUAUGAACAUUGGCAGCCAGUUCAAAGUUCUUUGCAGAAUGUAUGCGAGUGAGCUGCCCGCCCCAGGCUGUCUGUCCACAGUGUUUGGCAAAGGGAUGUGUACGCUGUGCCACGGGUGGGUCUCCCUGGCUACACCUCAGUGAGCCUUGUCCUCCCUUGUUCCACUGCUGUCAGUCUCCUUGUACCCUUGGCCUCAGUUCCUUAGUAGUCACUCAUAACCAUGAAGAAGUCAAAGUAAUCACAGUUGCCUCAGUGCUUGCUCAGUAAGCCUGUGUGUUUGCAGAACUGUUUAGAAAUGCCUCAAUAGCUUGAGCACAUGCUGUCAUGCCUGAAGCACCACAGUGGUCUGUGGUUCACCCGUCAGGGGUAUAGAUACUUUUGUCCAUUCUGCCACACUGUGAGCAGCGUGGGGAAAGAGCCCACACUUCCAAGACUCGUCCGCACGUCUGCCUGCACAGCCCUAAGUGCCGUGUUACUGUUGGAUGCUUGGGCCCUGCCCCCAUCAGCUCCAGCUCCGUCUCUAACCUUACCUGCACGCUUCCGUACCUGGCUGCAUUUCCUGUCCAGCUCCCCACAGCAGUCCAGAGCCUGAGCCCUUGGCCUUGUCCACAGUAAAUGGAGCAGCGUCUUCGUUUGAAUACUCAAACUGCAGCAGAGGACAUUACCUUUAGUGCCCUAAAGAAUUAAGUCAGUGACCACGGGGACCAACAGAGCAAGGUCCUGUUACAGGAAAAGCAUGAAAGAGUGCUCCGUUCACCCUGUAGUGCCAGAACUGCAGAUACGGUGACCACACUGUGGCGGGAGAACCCUGAAUCGUCCUUCGUGAGCUCUGUGCACUUCUUUGGCCUCGUCUGAGAUCUGGUGUCAGCGUUCUCUGCUCCUGUUAGCAAUUGCACCUUGUCACAGGAACACUUGUUCCAGUCACCUUUUGCACACUUGUGACAUCUGCCUUCUGCAGUGUAGGCUUUUUGUUUUGUUUCGUUUUUUUACCCAUUCUGCUCAGUUUUCCUCUUCCCCACCUGAUAGGACAGAAGUGCACUUUAUGAAACUGGCACUUGCUGAAGAGAAGGAAGCAGCUCUACCCACUCACUCAGUUCCUUUCACUGAAAGCAUCUGCCUCUGAAACAAAUAGUUCAUAUUUGCCAAAGAACAGUGAAUUGGGCCCAAAGAUCAAACACAGCCUUUCGUACAAUUGGAACGACCAGUGCACAACUCAGGAGCUGUGAACACGAUGCCUCAAGCGAUUCCAGUUGCACAACCUAGAGGGACACUCGCACGUUUUUGUCCUCAGUAGCACCCAUGAGCUCUCCGGUAAUAAUGGUUUCAUUUCUUUCCCCUUGUUCUUACAAAAGGAAAUGCUGCAUAGGAAAGAUGAAAUGCCUUUGAUUCAGAUGUGUGUUACCCAUGUCGUCCAUCCUGUACACAUUUUCCCUUUUUAUCGUAAUUAUUGUACCCUUCCUUUUCAGUGUUGGACAAUUGUUUUGGACGCUGUGCCUGCUCGUUAUGCAAUAAACAGGCUCUAUAAAUGUG